GGACAAUGUGCCGGGGUCUGGUCAGUUCCUGAUGGCCCGAUGGUCUAUCAAUAGCAGGCAGUCUUCCCAUUACUGAGUCUGUGUGUGACCUGGGAGAUGGAGAGGCAGGGCCCAGGAGAAAAGCCAGCAAACGCUAAUAGGACUGUAGCCACCACCCCCAUCACAUCAGCUGCCGUAACCAUGGCAACUGUCUGCUCCGGCAGCUCCACUUGCACCCAGGCGCCCUCUACUUCCAUGAGCAUCAUCUCCCCCGACAGACAGGCAGUCCAGGUGAUCCAACACGCCAUCCACAGACCUCAGAGCAUGGCGGCCCAGUAUCUACACCAGAUGUACGCAGCCCAGCAGCAGCACCUCAUGCUGCAGACAGCUGCCCUGCAGCAGCACCAGCACAGCCCUCACCUGCAGAGCCUGGCCACCAUACAGCAGGCCUCAGUCUGUCAGCGGCAGUCGCCUUCUUCACCCGCUGGUGGUUUGGUUCAUCAGCCCGCUGGUGUUUCCCAAAACUCAAUUACUUUACCAGCAUCUCCAGUGACAGCCCAGCUGAUCGGCCGAACCCAGACAUCCACUGGUGCUGCGACCACCAUAUCCCAGCAGGCCAUGCUCCUGGGAAACCGCCCGGCCAACUGUAACCAGGCUCAGAUGUACCUUCGCACUCAGAUGCUUAUUCUAACCCCGGCCACGGUGGCUGCAGUUCAAUCAGACCUCCCUGCUGUCACCUCCUGCUCCUCUUUACCUACUUCCUCUCAGGUGCAGAAUCUCGCACUGCGUGCCCACUUGCCUGGAGCUCUGGCCACAGCCCACGGUGUGAUCCUAAAGCCAUCCGCCCAGUCACAAGGCCAGACUCCCACCGCCUCUUUAUCCAAGACGCUGAAAGCCCACCAGCUGACUGACUCCUCAACAGAAAUCGGACCGGCUGAUGUCACCCGGCUGGCAUCAGGACCCCAGAUUAUAACCCCAGCCUACUCCCCAGUGCAGACCCACGCUGUGGUCAAGCAGCAGCUGUCCUGUGCGUCGGGCCAGCGGGUGGCACACCACCAGCUCAUCCUCCAGCCGGCUGCAGGAGGAGCUCCAACCCACAGGCAGCUGCAUCCCAUCGCUCUCAGAGUCACACCUCAAGAAACCAACUCCAACCCUCUUCCUCUUUCAGUGAAAAGACUGACCACCCGCAGCAGCCAACCCAAAACCAACAACAACCCCCAUGCCCCUUCUUCUUCUUCGUCCUUUACCAGCGUGUUUGCAUCCUUAGCCCAGACCUCGAUCCCAGCCGCCACCGUCCAGCCUCAGCCUCCUCCUCUGGUGGCAGCUCCGCAGCAGCGGACGUCAUUUCCGCAAGUUCAGAACCAACCUCCACCUCCUCCUCCGCCUCUGGUUCUCCCCAGGCUGCCCCGGAACCCCCCGGCCUCCCUCCAGAGGCUGUCCCUGCACUCGCUCCAGGCUCUGGCCGUCCAGUCGGGACGGAUGCUGCUGACAGAGCAGCAGCUACCUGUAGCAGAGGCUCUGGUCCAGAUGCCCUACCAGAACCUCACACCUCCUCAGACGGUGGCCGUUAACCUGAAAGUGCACCGAGUCAGACACGAUGAAACUCCAUCGUCGGGGCAAACGUGCAAAGUGAAUGGCUCGAGCCCCGAGGAGCGGAAAGAUGCAUGUUCUCCCGCUCCACAGCGAGACAGGACCCAGACAGCUCUCCCUGGGCCUCCCAAGCAGAAUGGUGCAGCAGUUCCGGGUUCAUCCUCCAUCGUAUCCGGCCGCUCAGUGAUCAGGGUCCCGGUGGUGGAAGAAGCCAACCGGCUCACCACCACCAGCCGCAUCCUUCCUCCUCCAGCUCCUCCUCUACCUCCUGCCGUGCUGCCAGCAGCAGCGAGAGGUCCCAGCCAGCCCCCGUCCUCCCCAGCCAGCGUCCCCGGCAGCCCAGACCGGAUACUAACAACUCACGUCCUCACGCACCUUAUAGAGGGCUUCGUGAUCCGAGAGGGCCUGGAGCCGUUCCCGGUGGUGUCCACCUCGCUGCGAGCAGACCAGCAGGCGUCACUUCCUGAAUCCCAGGAGACGCAAACCAACGGGGACGCAGCAGCAGAGGACAGUCCGCUGGACGCUGACCAGUCGGAUUCAACUGACUCUGAGAUGGAAGACGAUGGCCCUGCAGCAGAUGUUGCAGAGAGCGGGCCAGGUGUGCUGCAGUGUGAGUUCUGUGGCAGUCGAGGUUACGCUCACACGUUCCUGCGCUCCAAACGCUUCUGCUCCAUGACGUGUGUCAGAAGGUUCAGUGUGAGCUGCAGCAAGCGUGGCACUGUGCUGAGAGCAGGCCGCUGGGGUCACAGGCCGGUGGGCAGGAGAGGACGACCCCCCAGCAGCAGAGUCAACGGAGCCUCCAGAGAACACUUCAUGAAACGGGCCUGUGGGGCGUUUGGCUCGGAGGGGACCCGUCAAAGCUCCCUGAGAGAGGAGGAAGAGCAGGAUGAAGAAGAGGACGAUGAGCCUCCCGUUCCCAUGACAACCAGGCUCCGGAAACAUGCCGAGCGAGAGAGGGAGAGGGAGCAGGAGCAGAAGACGACAGAAACCAUCAGCGUUUCUGACGGAGAAGAAGACGCCGGCCGUCCGUCUCAGUGGAACGUAGAACAAGUGUUUUCCUUCAUCAACUCGCUGCCAGGGGGUCAGGACGUAGCCGAGGAGUUUCGCUCCCAGGAAAUCGACGGACAGGCUCUGCUGCUUCUAACUGAAGACCACCUGGUCAGCACCAUGAACCUCAAACUGGGACCUGCACUCAAACUGUGUGCCCACAUCAACUCCCUGAAAGAUGCAUAAACAUGUCAACUUCCCUUCUCCCCAAAAUGUGUGUUGAUGAAGAAAAACUGGAGGACAGGGUCUUUUUUUUUUUUUACCAAGGAACGAAAACAUGAAGGACUACCCAUUUUGUUGUGGUCUGACUUGGACUCACACACUGACAGUUAAAACACAGACAGGUAAAACACACAGACGGUGUCUUCGUGUUGAACUGAAAUCACGAAUACACAGACUGCAGUUUUUAUUGAAACCACUGCCAACGCAUUUUACUCCCGAGUGAAGAACACACACCAACAGCUGAUUAACACCCAGGACGAGCGCUUUGGUCUCCUUUUGUCUCUCAAUUCCAGUGAUUGUAGCAGUUUUAUCCAUUUGUUCCAGAAUGAUAAAUGAGAAGUUAUUUGUAGCAUUUGUAAACAAAGAAUUUUUAUUUAAUAUUUAAUUUAAUUUAAAACGAUUCCACAGGAAGUUAAAAGGACGCUGCACAAUGUCAAAGUUUACAAAACAGAUUUACUAUCUUACACAUGAUUUCACUUAUCAGCAAACUAAUAACUUACAGAACCAAACUGAUGACAAGUUUAUUUAUGAUGUGUUUUUUAUUGCCAGAAUUAAUAUACAAAUUAAACCAUUAAAGUAUGGUGCACUGUUUUGUGGUUUUGUAACACGUUUUACAAAAAGGUGCCAAAACUCCCAAGAGAGCUUUGGCAGAGUCAAAUAUAAAGAUGUAUUUCUUUGUAUUGAACAUUAAAUGUGACUUUGGCAUGAACUGCAUCUACAGCAUGGAGUUUAAUAUGAAAACUGUAAAAUAGCUGAGUUUUCUAUGGACUUAAGUUGUCCCUGAUUCAGUAGGCAUAGCUUCAUCUUUUGCAAGGUAGCAUAAUAUACUGGGAUUUGAUCUGCUGAACAGAUCCAAGUUACUGCAACAGAUACACACAAAUCUUAAUAUAUAUAUAUAUAUAUUAUAUUAUAUGUACAAAUCUUCAACUCAGCCGACAAAUAAUUUCUGUGCCCCUAUAGACUGAUGUUCACCGUACAUGCAUUUGAUCGGGAGCGCGCGAGGGUUUUGAUAAAGUUAGCGGAAGGAUUCACGUGACAACAUCCGGUUGUGCAAAGUUAGCGGAAAGAACCACGUGAAACAUCCGAUUUUCAAAAUAAGAUGUCCACAAAUCACACACUAACAAAUAAAAGUAAACAAUGAACUGAUUUUGUAUCUUUAUAGAUCGUUUUGGAGAUUUAGCUUACAUAAUGCUAAAAUUAAAACAUUUUUACUGUACCAAGGAAGAGUUUAUACAAAUAAAGGUCAGACUUUUGUAUGUUAAAGCACAUUUCUGAUUAUUUGAAGUCCUGUAUAUAGAUUUCCCCAAGAGUUCCAGGAAAUGACUGAUGUAGAUGUGUUCCAUACAUCUCUGAAAUCCCCUACACUGGCAACCAAACAAUUUUAAUGUACUACAUUUUAAUUUUAAUUGUAAAUACAAAACCAAUGUUAAGAAUAAUUCAUUUCAUAAAUAUUGCUACACAAUAAAUAGAAUGCUUCAAUCGACACAGUGAUCGGUAUUAUCGGAUCGGCAGAUACUGAUUUCAGUGAUCGGCACCAAAAAACCUGAUCGGAGCAUCUCUAAUAUAUAUAUAUAUUCAAAACUAUCCUUUAAAAAAGUGUGAGUGUUGCCUCUAACUAUAGCCUCCAUCUCUGCUUCUCACUGAUUUACAUACGCAGACUGAUGCAUCAUUUAUUAAAAUGACUCUGCUC